UUUUUUUUUGUGAGUUUGCCCCAAACUAAAAGCCCAGACCAGAGGUUCAGAAGGAUCCGUUCCGUGGCUGCGACCCCGUCGCGGCGUCGGCCCCUAUCGAACUCCGGCGGUUCCUCCCGACCAACUCCGGCGGUCCUCACCUUCUUCUGCAGCCUCGGCCCCGCCACAAUCGCACCCUCAUCACAUGGGAGCUUCCGAGUCUGUCCUCACCAGGCAACCUCAGCAGCAGCCGCGGUCGCAGUGGGCGGACGAGAUCACGACGGUGUCUGAUGGCCGGCGCGACGCCGCGGACGAGGAUCCCCUCCUCCGCCGCAUCCGGUCACUCACAAUCGCCCCGCCACUGUUAAGCGGUCAGCCAGCGGCGGGCUCGGAGACAGAGACCAGCAUCACCGACAUCCUUGUCCGGAAGCCCUCGAGUUCUUCCUCUGCCGCCUCUGGCAAUUUGAAUCCAAAUGUGAUGUUUGAGCUUUUCUCUAUGUAUCGUGAAUGGCAAGAAGAGAUGACCAAGGAAAUUAGCGAAAGACAGGGAGAGAUAGAAAAUAAGAUAGAAACAGCAGAUGCAUUGGCAGUUAAGCUUCUCCAGCGGUUCAAUUACUCUCUCACUUCGAUGAGAUCAACGUCUCAUAAUCUUGCAGAAGUUCAUCCACUGCAGGUGGAAGUUGGUGAGUUGAAGGGAAGGUUAACUGAAGUGAUAAGUAACUGUGAUGCAUUGUGCAAGAGAAUUAGUUCAGAAGGGCCAGAGAGUUUGCGAGCAUCUGUUCAACCUUUCACCACUGACAGAGUAGAGGCGGGAGGUAGAUCAUUUGUUGAAAAGGAGUCCUGAUGGCACUGAUAGGAAUGAUUGCAUGGAAAGUAUUGAGGGAACAUCAGCGCAAUUCUUUGUUAACACGGGAGGAUAAUUCAUCAGAACAAAGACCAUGUAUUAUACGUACUUUUGCUAGAUGGAUCAGAUUAUUGCUGUCCUUUUGUUCGAAUUCGGUCUCCCUUGUUGUAACCCUUGAAACUUUGAUUGUGCAUAAGAGUGUGAUAUGUACAGCAAGUCGUAGUAUCAGAAAUGAGUAGGUAGUAUUUGUUCCUGCUUUGUUGUACACUUUUCUUUCAUUUGAGAACCUGGCUGGCCUUGUCUGCAGAUGACAUUCAGUUAUUUUCGAAAGUGAAGAAAUCCAUGCUUUUCUUUCUGAGGAAA